AUUUGUAUUUCCCAUUUUGCCCUUUCUUUCCCUUUGAAAUGGCAGCGCCUCAUCGUCGUCUGCGACCCUCCACAUAGAUCGAUCCUCGCGCCACCAGCGAAUGGCCGUCACCGCCACCGCCACCAGUUAUUCUUGCUAUUUCUUUUUUUGCUAGGGACGUGUUCUUGUGAUAUCGAGAUGAGAUUUUGAUCAGAUCUUAUCCCAUCUUGGAUUGAUUGUGGAGCAGAUAUCACCAAUAUUGUCUUCAAAUCUUUUAGAGAGCUGUUAUUUCAGGGAGAGAGAGUUCAUGAUUAGUGUAACCAAGAAGCAUCAGCGCAGCCCUUUGGAAGAGGGCAAUGCAUAGUUCUAGUGUAAGAUAUAUACCUUGCGGGUGGGCUGCAUCCCCACUCAAAGGCAAAUGGCAGCAAAGAUCUGGUGUGCUUCAAGCAAUACAGACCUUCAAGAAGAAAGUUGCUGAAGAACCAAAUGAUGGAGCCAAUUACCUCUCCAUUUUGAUCGAUUGCUUUCGCAGCUACAAUGCUGAGCCGACCCCAUACGCGUACUCAUUCAUCAUUAGAUAUCUUUUCCAAAGGCAUAUGCUCUGCCAUCUUCCUGCAGUCCUCGAUCAUCUUGAGAAAGCCGAGAGAUUUGAUGUUCCACAGAGAAUCUUUGUCAGUGUCAUCCGGAGCUUUGGCAGGGCAAACCGUCUCCAUGAUGCUGUUGACAUCUUCCGCAGAAUCCCAAAUUUUCGAUGCACCCCCUCCGUGAUCUCUUUAAAUGCAUUGCUCUCUGUUCUUUGUAAGAGCAAGGAAGGCCUUGUUCUGGUCGGAGAUGUGUUGUUGAAGACUCCAGAGAUGAACAUUCGACUUGAGGCAUCUACCUUUCGGAUUCUGAUAAAAGCUCUUUGCAGGAAUGGGAAAUUGAAUUCUGCGAUUGAGAUUCUGAGAAUGAUGUCACUUCAUGAAUGCACCCCUGAUGCUAAAUUGUACUCACUAGUUCUUUGUUCACUUUGUAAACAAGCAGGUUCUGAUCAGGUAGUAGAAUUCUUGGAGGAAAUGCGAAAUGCUGGUUUUUUGCCGAAUGCAUUAGAGUAUAAUAGUGUCAUCGACGUCCUAAUCAGAGAAGGCAAAGCAAAUGAUGCUUAUUCUUUUAUAACUCUGAUGAGAUUGGAGGGGAAAAGACCUGACAUCACCAGCUAUAACAGUAUUCUAGAUGGAUUCAUCUUGGCAAAUGAUUUCCAGAAGGCUGAUGAAUUGUUUGAUGAAAUGCUUUUAAUAGGCCUCUUUCCCAAUUCUGCCACUUACAAUACCUAUAUAAAUGGCCUAUGUAAGCAAGACAAUCUUGAACAAUCUCGUCGAAUGAUUACCUGCAUGGAAAGAGCAGGUUGCAAACCUGACAUAGAGACCUUCAAUGCAUUGUUGGCUGGAUAUGCAAAAGUGGGUGACAUGGCUAAAGCAAAGGAGCUUAUGAAUGAGGCUCUUGAUAAGGGCCUCCAAUGGAAUUCACAUAGUUAUGAAAUCCUGAUUGAUGGUUUCAUAAGCAAAGGUGAGAAGGAAGAAGCACGGCAGCUAUUAAUGGAGAUGAUAAGCAAGGGGUUUACUCCAGUGUCCUCGACUUCUAAUGCUUUGACAUGAAGGUUUUGUCGGAAAGAGCUCCCUUUGUGCAGCAACUAAAAUGCAAAGAGAUGAUCCGCCUCGAUAAUUCCUGAUGGUAGUUCAUGUCAAGCUUUACUGGUUGGGCUCAAACUGCGCUUUCAGGAACCCUUGUUUGCCUUCGAGGACAUUUUUUGAGAAACAUCAUGCGGAUAACUCCUGAUGCGAAUUCAAACCACCUAGUCUUGCUUGCCAUCGUUCAAAAUUUGAUUGUGCAGUUAAGAAGUUUCCGAUGGAUUACUGAUCAUUGCAGUCCAGACACUGUUGCUUGUGUGAAGAAUCUAACAUGUUAUUAUUCUUUUAGUUUCAUCACGGCAUGCGACGCAUACACAUCUCAAGUUAAACAAUUUCUGAAGCUGAACUAGAUGUUAUUUGAGUCUUCGGGAAGUUACCAUGGCUUGAUGAGUGGUUCUUUGACAGUCUCCGUCACCUGCUGCCACAAGCCUUGCAACAGAUGUGACGAUAACAUGUCUAUAAUCUAAAUAGCUGGUAAUCAGCCGGUUAUGUUAUGUUGCAUGGCCUUGGGCAUUGAACAAUUACGAUGAAUAAAAUGAUGUCUAUCAUUGUGAUUUAGCUUCAGUGUCUUGGCAUUACCAUUGACAUUGAGAACACAGCAAUUUUAUGAUUUAUCUCAGGAUAUCUGGCUGGUCUACUUGGCAAUCACUUCCAGCCACAUGAAAAGGAAAAAACACUUUCUUCUUCAACACAUUCAAAAUAAUUGGGUGUUCUGCAGCUGUACAUGAUAUUAUAUUUCUCUUGAUCUUUACUGAUGAUCAGCAUACAUUUUAAUCUAUAGAUCACGGACUUGACAGAAGAGUCAGUUUUUGUUACCAUUAGGGCUUAAGAAUAAUGAUACAGAAAGAAAAAGAUAUUGUUGAACUGACAUGACUCUUCAUCUGAUCGAGUUUUGUUACUUGUUUGUUCUUCCAGGGAAUCUUCAGGUCAAUUGAGCAUGCAAGGAGUCCGGGAGGUUCAAUGUAUGCACUGUUACCGCAAGAAACAAAAAGCUUAUCUUCAUGGUGGUGAGGAUCAUUAUCAUCCAAGUCGCAAAGACAAAACCUUUCUUCGAACAGAGGCUCGCUCUCGAUGUUCUGCAGGUAAUACAAUAUGCCAACUCUCGGUCCCCUUCUUUUUAGGAGGAUUUCCCAUAUGAGCCAUGAACAAAGAAAAAGCAACUCAAUGCACGCUCCCGCAAGCGUUGUGCUCCAUCCACUAAAACCGACCGACCAGCACAAAACAUCCAGUACUCCCCUCCAGAAAUGAACCCUCAGAAGGCCGUUUGCUGUAAUGUGAUGAACUCAUCAGAUGGAGCAACAGGAAUCUAAACACCAAGCUGAUGCUUCUGGCCACGGAUCUAUCCACCUGUGUCUUCAUGUUGGAUUCCCUGACAGACCAACCGAGACAUCUGAUUCUCUAUGUGGAUUCAUCUGCUUCGGUGCCAUACUGCAGAAAAGUUGCCAGGGCUUUAUGCCGUUCCCAUUUCUGUUCACUUCAUCCCGUAGUCAUCUCCCGGCACAUGAUGAGAUUCCUUGCAGGGUGUCCACCGAGCAAAAAGGCUCCGCACUAUCCAUGUCAGAAACAAGAUUGUAUGUCUGUCAUUUCAUCGAUCAGUUUAGGUCAAGUUCAAGCAGUGGUCUUCUUCUCCAAUUUAAGCACGACAAAGAACAAAAAAAGAUAAUAGUAUUAUUGUAUUCUUUUAUUUGAGUUUUAAAUGUAUCUAUCCUUUCGAAGUUUGGAAAUAUCAAUAUUACAUGGUAUAUAUA